AUGAAGCGCGCAUCGAAGUAUGCGCUAAAGUGCGCGUCGAAUUCCGCGGCUAAUUGUACGUUGAAUUGCGCGUCGAAUUGCGUGUUUAGAGCUGUGCGAAUCGCGCUGUAUGAAGCGCGUACGGCAUUCAUUCCGACGCGGAAGCGCGUUUUGAAGCGCGCAUCGAAUUGUGCAACAAAGCGCGCGUUGAAUCCUGCGUCUGAAUGUACGUUGAAUUGCAUAUCGAAUUGCGCGUUUAGAGGUAUGCGAAUCGCGCUGUAUGAAGCGUGUACGGCAUUCAUUCCGACGCGGAAGCGCGUUUUGAAACGCGCAUCAAAUUAUGCAAUAAAGCGCGCGUUGAAUUCCGCGGCUAAUUGUACAUUGAAUCGUGCAUCGAAUUGCGCAUUUAGAGCUAGGUGA